CCCCGGCCGGGAGCGGAGGCGCCAUGGGGAGCACAGAGAGAUGGAGAUUUUUCUUCUGCUGUGUUGGCCCUCCACCAGACAUUGAAUCUGUUCUAAGAUGUUGUUCAAACAAAGUUUAUCCAGAGUGGGCUGGUGAAUCUAAGAAGGAAGAUGAAGAAUCAAACCAGGAAAUCACGUGGCCAGAAGAACCUGCUGCACACUAUGAAAAAGCAGAUAAACAGAUCAAGGAAGAAGUGGAGCUUCAAGUGUCUGUUGAGCUGCUGUCUCUUCAGGAGGAGGAGAGUCUUAAAUUUCCAGUACAUACUAAGGACCAUGUGCAAAUCUCAAAUCUUGAAAUACUAGCUGUAGAGAAGGAGCCUCUAUCCUCAUUAAAAACUGAAGUCCAUGUACAAAGCUCAAAUCUUGACACAGUAAGUGAGGAGGAGAAGGAAGAGGAAGAGGAGGAAGAAGAGAAGAAAGAGCUAGUGCAAGGACGGGAGCUAGAAUUUUUGUCUUUAUUACAUUUUGAGAUUCAGGCACAAUCUUCAUAUCUUGAAACAUCAGUGGAGGAGCCUCUGUCAUUCUUAAAAACUGAAGCAAUAGUGCAGUCCUCAAGUACUGAAAUACUAGAAGAACAGGAAAUUCCAUCUCUAUUGGAUACUGAAACUGAGGUUCACAUCUCACAUGUGGAUGUACAAGAUGCAGAGAAGACUUCUCUCUGGACAGAUAGUGGGUUGACUAUACCAACAAAGAACAGGAGCAGAAAUCUAUCUGGUCUCUUCAGUCUUCUGGAUAUUUCAGGAGAGCAUGAGGACCCUUUGACUCAAAAGCAAAUAGCAGCAUUUAAAGAUGUUUUCAAGGUUUUCAGCAGCACAGAGGGUAACAUUAAUAUGCGUGGCCUGAAAUUGAUUUUGCACAGUGUGGGCAUUAACGUAACCCAUCAAGAAAUCCAUGAGGCACUGAAUCGUUCUGAUAUUGAUGGUGAUGGGCAGGUGAAUUUCACAGACUUUGUAACGGUUCUGACAGAUGACCAGCGCUUUACUCAAUCUAUGGUUCGGCCCAAAGAGAGUAUAAUACACGAUCCUUAUAGUGUAGAGACUCUCUUCUUUGAAGUUCUUACAAAGCUGGUGGAGAUGUCAGCUCUGCCAGUGAAAUCAGAGAGGGAAGUCAUAAGUUAUUAUGAGAUAAAGCAAAGAAACUUCUGGAGGAGCUUUCAGCGGAAGAGUCUCACUGACUACCCAAAGACCUCACAGAAGAGAAAAUGCAGUGGUCUUACUUAUUUUUGCCAGGCUUCUCGGCUAAUAGGGCUCCCCACCAGCCAACUGUUGAAAUCUCUACACAGCUUGAGUGAUACUUCCAGCUGGUCUGAUAGUCCUUAUGCCACACUCCCACGCUCGUUGCGAAUCUGCCGGGACAGGAGAGCGAGACUGAAAUCUGUGAGACACAGACCUAUACUGUGGGAAAAGAGCAGUAAGGAAUUCAACCCUAAUUCUAAGGACAGACAGAGAGCUGGAACAUCACGUCACUGAGCAGAACUGCAUGUACAGUCUCACCCACUUCUGAAUGUAUUAAUUCUUUCUCCAUUUUUGAUAAUGAAUACUCUUAAACACUAGCCAGAAACUCUUCAAGCGCAAUAUUAUGCAACAAGAAAGACAUAUGUAACAAAUUUAA